CUGGGCUACCGCGAGAGGCGGCAGAGGAGACACGAAAGGCUCGCGUUUGCCGGGAAAAGCCGCGCCCUGGUGCGCGGGGAAUCGAAAGCGAAAGCGGCGGGAGCGGAGCGCUCGGGCGGCCAUGGAGGGGCAGCGGCCGUGCUCCUUCGCGCUGCUGGUGCGAGGGGACUGGGGCCCCGCCGAGCCGCCGGCCGCGCUCAGGAAGAAGCUGCUCUGCUACUUCCAGAGCCAGAAGCGCUCGGGCGGCGGCGAGUGCGAGCUGCGGAGCGGGACCGGGAGCGGGGCCGGGCACAUCCUCGUCUGCUUCGCCCGCCCCGAGGUCAAGCAACGAGUUCUUGAGAGAGAGUCUCAUCAAUUGCAUUUGGAGGGAGGAGGAAAAUUGAGGUUGAUUGUCACAGAGCCUGAAACAGCGCAAGCUACUAAAGAGGAAACAUUUGAAGAAAAAUCAGUUCCCACAAAGGCUUUGGAUGACAUGAGCAGCCUUCAAACAAAAGCUUAUCUUUCUGCUGCAGAUGAUACAAAAGCCUUGAAGAAAGCUGAAAGUUUUGCUCCAAACAGUGAACUCCAGGAGGAGGUUGACUCUGCGGAGGCCUCACCUUCGGUGGUACUUGAGAACAUAGAGAGAUGCAAUCCAAAGUGCUUACAGCUGCUGUUGGAGAACAUCAGUGGCCUGUCUGCAGAUGCUGACUUUACUGUUGAACUGAUACCUGAAAUAAAUGUUGCUGUAGUAACCUUCAUAAAAAAUAUUGAUACUAAGGAAUUUGUUGAAAAAUGUUCACAGCACAAGAGAGUCAGAGAAUUCAAAAUGACUGCCCGGCUUCUUGAAUCAACACAGAGCAUCAAGGCUGAAAACCUACCAGAGAGCAUUUCCACAGACUACCUCACCGUGUACUUUGAGAGCGCGCGGAACGGAGGGGGGCCCGUGUCAGAUGUCCAGCUCUCCUCCGAGGAGAACUCAGCCCUCAUUACAUUCUGUGACCACAAAGAUCUAACCAUGGUCUUGGAAAAGAAACAUUUACUGGAACAGACAGUGAUUUCUGUGCAUCCAUAUUACCACUCCCUGGGAACAGCUCUCUAUGGAAAAGAACGACCAGCUUUCAAGAUGCCAGACCCUGUUGGGGUGCCACUAGACCCGUAUGUAUGGCAGUUUUUACAAAGGCAUGCCAAUCUGAUCCAGGACAUAAACCAGGAAAUGGCAGUUUGCCAUUCUGAGCUCAAAUGGCCCCAAGAAGACUGUGCAAACCCCGAAGUUACGUUGUGCCCAUCAUCAUCUCUCUGCAAGCAGAAAAAGGCAAUGACUAAGUUGCUCAAGACAUGGCAUCAAGAUGCUUCCACUGAGUUCUCACGUAUCAUGGCACGUUACAUAGCUAUAAAAUGUAAAGUCAAUUCAUCAGGUUGGGAAGAUGUGAAAAAAAGGUUGUCGAAAGAUGUUGCUCUGAUCAUAACCGAUAUUUCUGAGGAGAUGGUGGUGCUUGCAGGCAGCAGAGCAGCAGUGGACAGUGCAGAGAAAGAAGUGAGGGAAUGCAUGAAGCAAAGUGAAAGGGAAAAACAGAACAUAGAAAUUUCUGUGUCGGUGAUCCCAGGGAAGUAUGCUGUGCUGCACAAUGCUGGGUUAGAAGAGAAUAUUCAGAAGGAAUAUCCAUGCCUAAAGCUCUUUUAUGAUGACAAAAAAAAGACUGUUCAGUUGUGUGGGUUACCGGCAGAAGUAUAUAAAAUCAAAGCUGAGUUACUGGAAAAGGUAUUGAGUAUGCCACGUACAUCAGUUACUAUUGACCCCCAUGUUUUCCACUAUCUACAGAGUGUAGAUAAUAAAAAAACAUCAGAUAUGUUAUUCAUUAGGGAAAAAAUUAAUGCUUUUUAUGAACUUCAGGAUGAUACUGUGUUGCUCUAUGGAGAUGCUCACAAAGAUCUUCUAGAAGCAGAAAAGCAAAUAAAAACAGGUUUAGAAUACAAGUGCAUCAAUGUGGAGGAUGGUGAAGUCAUUAAAAAUGAUCAGUGGAAUCUUCUUCUUCUCAACUUGCUCAAGACCCAUAAUUCUUCCCAGGAAAUUGUCAUCACUUGGCAGUCUGUUGGAAAAGAAAAUAAAAUGAUUAUUGCUGGCUUUUCUAAGGCUGUAACAGAGGUUUAUCGGAGACUUAAUGCUUUCGUAGAUAGAAACACAAUCAUUGAAAAAGUAAUCCCAGCUAAAUCAGAGGUAAUAGUGCAGUUUGUAGAGAAUGAGAAGUCUGGUGUUUGUGAAGAAUUGAAGAGGAAAGGUGUGACAGUACGUUUUGACACCAAGACACCAUGUAUUUCUCUGAGGGGACCAAGAGCAGAAGUGCCAGAAGCAUUCAUCAACUUUGAAAAAGCUGUCUUAUCCCUUUACUCAAAAAAUGUGCCAAUUGAUAAACCAGGGGCAAAGGAGUUCUUCACUGAGAGGAAAGAUUUAUGUAUUUUAGAAGCAAAACAGAAAUUUAGGUGUUUCAUUAGGAUUAAGGAAGAAGAAGAACAACAGAAGGGUGGAAAAGCUGGUGAUAAAGUGAAAAGAAAAGUCUACUAUGAAAAAAGCCUGCCAGGUGGAAUUGUGGUAGGAGUGUAUAGAGGUGACUUGUCUGACUACCCUGUUGAUGUUGUGGUGAAUGCAUCUAAUGAAAAACUAAAACACUCUGGUGGCCUGGCAGAGGCACUGUCAAGAGCAGCUGGGCCAGCGCUGCAGGAGGAGUGUGAUGAGCUGGUGAAGAAGCUGGGGAAUUUGCAGCCUGGCUGUGCAGUGAUCACACGCGCCGGGAAACUGCCCUGCAAGAACGUCAUUCACGCUGUCGGGCCCAGGUGGAACGAGAGGGAAUCACAAAAGUGCGUGUGGUUGUUGAGAAAGACAGUGAAAAAAUGUCUACAACUAGCUGAUAUAUACAAUCAUUGUUCCAUAGCUCUGCCUGCUAUAAGUGCAGGGAUUUAUGGCUUUCCACCACAGAUUUGUGCAGAUUCAAUUGUGUCCUCCAUCAGCGAGACCUUGGAAGAACUCAGGGAGGACAGAAACUUGAAGGAGAUCCAUCUUGUGAGUAAUUUAGAAGAAAUCGUUCAGGUUCUGAGUGAGACAGUAAAAAAAGUAUUUUCAGCUAAAUCAUUUCCCCCCAAACGGCUGGUGCAGAAAAAAAGCCAUACGGAGAGUAGAAAAGGGGAUUUGAAUAUGGUUACAACAAAUGAAGGACUUUGCAUCCGAGUGGAGAAGAAGAACAUUCAGGAAGCUGUGACAGAUGUUGUUGUCAACAGCGUUGGCACAGAUCUGCUCUUUGGCGAGGGGCCUCUUUGCAAAGCUGUGCUGGAAAGAGCUGGGCCAGCUCUCAAAGAUGAGUUUGACACCAAGAAACAAAGUCAGGUUGCUGGUCCUGGGAGUGUGGUCUGCACCAGUGGAUGUGCUAUGGCCUGCAAGUCCAUCUUUCAUGCCAUAGUACCCAAGUGGGAUGGACGACAGACAGAUAAGGACCUAGAAGAUGCAAUCAAAUUCUGCUUGAAGAAAACUGAAGAACUGGGACUGAAAUCAAUCACUUUCCCAGCUAUUGGGACUGGAGGAUUUGGAUUUCCUAAAAUCGUUGUUGCUAAGUUAAUGUUUGAUGUGGUAUUCAAGUUCAGUAGUAGUCACACUCUGAAGAAUCUCCAGGAAGUUCAUUUUCUCUUGAAUCCACAAGAUAUUGAUAACAUUCAGGCUUUUACCACUGAACUACAACUUAGGGCAGGUGAAAGUUGCAAUGCUGCAGCAGCAGAGCCAAGUUUCGUUAGGCCUGUUUCUGCUGAGCUAUUGGGAGUUCAUGAAAUGAAGAUUGGUUCCAUCACACUGCAAGUAAUUAGUGGAGAUAUUACCAAGGAAGAUACAGAGGUUAUUGUCAACAUAGCAAAUCAAUCAUUUGAUGCCAAAACAGGGGUCUUCAAAGCAAUUAUGGAUGCUGCUGGUUCCCAGGUAGUAAAUGAAUGUGCUCAAUAUGCUGGGCAGUCUCAAAAUGGCUUUAUUACUACUCAGGGUGGGAACCUGCUGUGCAGUAAAAUCAUCCAUUUGAUUACUGAUAACCAGGUGAAGAGCCAGGUCUCCAAAGUGCUUCAUGAGUGUGAACAAAAGAUGUACAAAUCUGUUGCCUUCCCAGCUAUUGGAACAGGUCAAGCAGGACUGAGCUCAGCCAAGGUAGCUGAUGAAAUGUUGGAUGCUAUUGUGGAAUUUGCAAGACAAAAAUCAGUACAGCAUUUACAGGCAAUUAAGAUCGUGAUCUUCCAGACACAUAUGCUCACAGACUUUUAUGAAAGCAUGAAGAAAAGAGAAGAACCAGAUUCCUCCACAACAGAAUCAUGGUUAUCCAUGUUUAAAUCAUUUUUUUGGGGCAGAAAACAAUCUACUGAGAAGAAGAAGAAGCCUGUGAUUUUGGAGAAGAAAGUUAGUAUAGUCACAUUUCAAAUUUGUGGAGAAAGCCAAGAAAUGGUGGAUGCAACUGAGUCCUGGAUAAAGGAUUUAAUUUUAAAGGAGCAGUUUGAAAACAUUAUUACAGAUGAGGCAAUUGAAAAUUUUGAUGAGACGCAAUUUGCCAUUUUGGAAGAUCUCCAGAGAGGAAAGCAAGUCAACAUUGAGAUUUUAAAUAAGCUUUCUCCCCCUCAAAUUAAAAUUUCUGGUAUUAGCAGGGAUGUCUGUUCCGUUUCUCUAGAAGUUCAAGAUAUGGUCCAAAAAAUUAAGUCUACUGAAGAAGAGCAAUUCAAGGCAGAACUUCUUUAUAACCUGGUAGAAUGGAGGUAUCUAGGAAGGAAUGAUAGCUUUGUUGCUUUUGAUAAAGUGACAAAUAUGCAGCUGGAGCAUGCCAAAAUGGCUAAAAAGCCAUAUGUGAAUAUCAGAAUUAAAAAGAAGAACUACAAGGUGGAUCUGAAUACUCUAAGGGCUACUGGUGACCAAGGAAAAACUAAAAUCCUUCAACGUGUGACAAAGGAUGAAGAUAUGCAGUCAAUAGAGCUCCCUAAGGAGUGGACAGACAUGCAGAAUGAACGGGUCAAAGUGGUGGAGCUCAAGCCAUCACAUGCUGAAUAUAUAACAGUUGAGAAGAUGUUUAAGGCAACAUGUGCUAAUUUUAACAUAGAGAAGAUUGAAAGAAUACAAAAUCGCAUCCUCUGGCAGACGUACCAAUUAAAAAAAAAAGCUAUCUGUAAUAAGAACAAAAAUCAAAAUAAUGAGAAGCUGCUAUUUCAUGGGACAGCUGCAUCCUCAGUGAGGUUGAUUAACUCCUAUGGAUUUAAUCGUGGAUAUGCUGGAAAGAAUGCUGCAGCCAUUGGAGAUGGAACCUACUUUGCUGUCAGUGCAAGUUACUCUGCUCAGGAUACUUAUUCCAUUCCAGAUGUGAAUGGCAAAAAACACAUGUACUUGGCUCGGGUCCUAACUGGGCAGUACUGUGCUGGGAGAGCAGGACUAAAGGAUCCACCACCAAGGAGCCAAGCAGACACUACUGACCUGUUUGACAGUGUGGUUGAUAAUGAGCUUAAUCCAAAUAUGUUUGUCAUAUUUAGUGACAUUCAGGCAUAUCCACAAUACCUUAUUACUUUCAAGAAGUAGAAUGAUCUUAAUAGUCUGCAAAAUUUUAGUGCCUUUUAUAUUUUAAGAAUUUACAGAGCAAUUUUUAAAAUUCUUUUUACAUCUGGGUUUCUUCUUUAUUGAUCCAUCCAUGUGUUGAAAUAUGUCUUGAAAUUAUCAACAGAAGGACUAACAUAAGCAAAUAUUUUAGAGCAUGCUAUUUCAGUACUCGCAUCUCAAGUUCACUUAUGCAGAGAUGUAGGCAAGAGCUGUGAGAACAAAUUUAACUUCUUCCUUCACAAAGCAGAGGGGAGUGGUAGGAGAGGAAGCUGCUCUGCCUUGCCUGUGGCCAGCAGUAAGAGGUGUGGGGUAGGUCAGAGCACCUCUGCAUUCCUCCAUCCAGUAGUCACCAUAAAGCACCUUCUUGUGAGGAUUUAUUUAAAAUGUUCUGUGCUGAGGGCAUCUGAAAGGUCUUUUGCAAUCAAAGCAGUGCUGUGAUUCUAAUUACCUCAUCCAUCAGCAGAGUCAUCCUUACGUAUCCACUCAGCCUUGUUGGUGCUAAAAAUCUGGAAGAAAAAGAAUGCCAAUAUGAACAUGCACUUUGCAUUUAUUGUUUCAGCUCCCUUAUCUACCUGUCUGUUACCCUGGCAUACUUUAGUUAUUACUUGGAUAUAAAUUACUGUAUUCCUACCCAUUUCUUAGAGGAAUUUUCUGUAGUCCCCUCCUGUUACUUCCAGCUUCCACAGGGUAAUUGCUUUUGCAACUUUCAAGAUUGUUAAAGAGGGACUUUAAAUUCUUUUCUUUUCAAUAGUGAAGCAUUAACCCUUCUGUAGCAUCAGAAUUUGCAGAGUCAACUGCAGAGGCAUAAGUCAGUUUACAUGCUUAAACAACUUGAAAAUUUUUAAAAUUCUCUAAAAACUGUAAAUAAUAGCAUGUUUGCAAGUAGUACUUUUAAUCACUUUAAACUGCCAAUCAAGAGCCAUAUACACAAGUUUAAUAAAAGUAGUGUCAAACAGCUACAUUGUAUUGCUGAGCUGCAAGAGGAAGACACUUCACUUAAAAGUGUUGCUUUAUAUUUGAAUUUGUUACAGUGAUGCAAUAAAGACUUCAAAGACAAAA